CCGGAGGAUAUCGUCUUUACCUCGGGGGGCACGGAGGCAAACAACAUGGUGAUCCACACCGCCUGCAGGCACUUCCAUGACAGCCAGGCCACGCCAGGGGACAGCUGGGGGACACCGCACAUCGUCACGUCAAGCGUGGAGCAUGACUCGGUCCGCAGCCCUGGUCGUUGUUGGGCUUCCCAACAAACCUCGGGGCUUGUUUCUUGGCUUGCAGAAGCUACUUUUGUGCCUGUGUCCCAGCGAAGCGGGCGGGCUGAGGUGGAUGAUGUCCUCGCUGCCAUCCGGCCGACCACCUGCCUGGUUUCCAUCAUGUUGGCCAAUAACGAGACUGGGGUCAUCAUGCCUGUCAUGGAGCUGAGCCAGCGUGUCUGUGCCCUCAAUCAGCGGAGAGUGGCGGAGGGGCUGCCCAGGAUCCUGGUGCACACAGAUGCAGCACAGAUGAUUGGCAAGGGGCGCGUGGACGUGCAGGAGCUCGGGGUGGACUACCUCACUAUUGUGGGACACAAGUUCUAUGGCCCACGGAUCGGCGCGCUGUAUGCACGCGGCCCUGGCACUGCCACCCCGCUGCACCCCAUGCUCUUUGGAGGGGGACAGGAGAGGAGUUUCCGGCCAGGCACUGAGAACACCCCGAUGAUUGCUGGCCUUGGCAAGGCUGCAGAGUUGGUGAGCAAGAACUGGGAGACCUAUGAGGCUCAUAUGCGGGAUGUUCGGGAUUACCUGGAGGCCAAACUGGAGGCCUGCUUUGGGAAGCAGAGGAUCCACCUCAACAGCCACUUUACAGGCUCCAAGCGACUCUGCAACACCUCUAACUUUUCCAUCCUGGGCCCAGGCCUUCAAGGGCGAAGGGUGCUGUCCUGCUGUAAGAUGCUUCUCGCCAGUGUUGGGGCUGCCUGCCACUCUGAGAAAGAAGAUAGGCCCUCCUCGAUUCUGCUCAGCUGUGGGAUCCCCUACCAUGUAGCACAGAACGCCUUGCGGCUGAGCAUGGGGCGGGACACCACCCGGGCCGACGUGGACCUGGUUGUGCAGGACCUCAUGCAGGCUGUGAUGCAGCUGGACCAGGACCAAGCCCCGUAGACCUCGGGAAUUGCUCCCUGGCCAUCACCCAGGUUCUUGGGAUGGGG